AGAAGCCAUCACACUAUUGAUACGUUGAGUACUCCUCAGUUGCUACGAGAUGAGGUGAGCUGGGACUGGAAAAAUAUAUGGUAGCCUUCAAGGCACUGUCCCUUGGUUGGUGAGUGACUGACUGCAUCUCUUCGUCUUGCUCCUGUGUGCAAGAAACCUCCAAGCUCUAGUUCCUCAUCUAGUGUUCCUCUCUCUCGUGAAUUUGUACAUCGUGAAAGGUUAUACAUGGAUGACAUGGUUGACGCAUUGGUUCUUAAGCUUCAGUCAAAGAUAUGCUACCAUAGGGAUGCCAGUGUCGAGUACCUGGAAAUCAAGUCUAUGGUUGAUAAACUCGUAGAAGCAAACAAAAAGCUCAAGGAUGAGAAAGUGGACUUCCAGGAUGUUAUUAAUAUGGUCAUAGAAGACAAGGAGAAUUUGCAGCAUGACUGUCAAGUAAUCAAGGAGCAGGUGGAAAAAAAGGAGGAGCAACUUGAAACUGUAAAGAAGGAACUUGAAGAAGCAAAACAUGAACAUGUGGCAGCAAAGAAGGAGCUUGAGGAAGAAAAACAUGGCCAUAUUGCAACAAAGAAGGAGCUUGCGGCGGCACAACAACAACUUGCUCAAAGGAACCAAGAGCUGGAGGGUUUAAGGAAGAAGAUUCAAGAGAGUGAACAUGUACCUUCCACAAGGGUAACAAGAUCUGCACAUAAGCGGCAAAUGCUGCUCCAAGGAUCGUUGAGCAACAAUGCGGAUGGACAUCGCCCAAAGAAACGUAGGAGGUCCUACCAGCAUGCAAGCCAAGAUGACAACUUGGAGGUGAUCAGGCAAAUCUGAUCCAGGUUGUGUGCUAGCAGUUGGAAGCGAGGAAGGAAGCCAUCAUCUUAGCAGGCCAUGACUAACACUAGCAACUAGCAAGCAUGGAAAAAAGUUACUCCCUCCGUUUGUUUUUAUAAGACGUUCAGACAACUUGCUUUGUGCUGUUUUUGAACAGUGUCUGAAAGUCUAAAACGUCUUAUAAAAACAAACAGAGGUAGUACUAUGUUAGCUACCUAUGACACUGAUGUUGAAUAGUGUUACAAUCCCCAUUUCAUGCAUAUUUUAGCAUCUAUUUGACUCCUCAUUUCAGAACCUUGGUGUGUAGAAAACUUCACACUUCGAUUCGUGCUUCUACUAAGAACCAUGAUGCAUAAAUAUUUUAAGACUUAA